GGAAGAGGAAGAGGAAGAGGAAGAGGAGGAGGAGGAGGAGGAGGAGGAGGAGAGGGAAUGCGACUGCUGGAUGUGGAGCUCUGACCGUGGAGCGCCGAGGACCCGGAGCUUUUUUUUUUCUUCUACGGGACUGUUUGGACGUCUCGUCGCUGUAAGCCAGUAAGAUGCAGCGCUAAUGAGCACCCGUCUGCCUUUAGAUGAGUGAAGCACAACAAAGACAGCCGAACAUCAACAGACACCAGUAACAGUGGAAUAUAUAGGCAGUUACUCCGGAGGGACCUCAGAGACGCACAUUUUCCACUAUGAACCGCGCCUUCAACAGGAAAAAAGAUAAAUCAUGGAUGCACACCCCGGAAGCACUGGCCAAGCACUACAUCCCCUACAAUGUCAAGUUCCUUGGAAACACAGAGGUUGAAGCCCCAAAAGGCACAGAGGUCGUAAAGGAUGCAGUCCGAAAGCUGAAGUUUCAGAGACAUAUCAAGAAGUCAGAGGGACAGAAGACCCCUAAAGUGGAACUACAGAUCUCCAUUUAUGGUGUGAAGAUACUAGAUCUCAAGACAAAAGAUGUGCAGCAUAACUGUCAGUUACACAGGAUCUCCUUUUGUGCAGAUGACAAAACGGAUAAAAGGAUUUUUACUUUUAUCUGUAAAGACUCUGAGUCCAACAAACACCUCUGCUAUGUGUUUGACAGUGAAAAGUGUGCAGAAGAAAUUACUCUAACGAUCGGUCAGGCCUUUGACUUGGCAUACAAGAAGUUCCUGGAGUCUGGAGGCAAAGACGUGGAAACCAGAAAACAGAUUGGAACCCUACAGAAAAGAAUUCAAGAACUGGAAACCGAAAAUUCAGAGUUAAAGCAACAGCUUCAAGAUCUUGAAGAGCAGCUGAUGAUCGCUCAUGUGCCGCCACCGCUGCACAUAAACUCAGCCAAUGAAGCGUACAUGCUGCAGAGGCCCUCCUCUCUCUUCUGGUGUCACAGCAUCUCCUGUCUGGAGAUCUCCUCUGUCACGCUCACUCCUAUGAGCUCGCCUGAGUCCAACUUGUCCAGCGGGCUACUAACUCCUCCACCUGCCAAACCCGCUCUCCUUGCUCCUAAGCCUACUGAGGGAUUCAGCAUCCCGCGGCCUCGCGCAGGGAGCAUCUGCAUGAAACCCCAGAUGUGUACAGAUGUUUUCGACAUGGUUCCCUUCUCCACUGUGACGCCGCUGGAGCCCGUCCUGGCCAGCAACGGCUGCCCACCCCCCCCACCGACCACAUUACCACCAGAUAUAAGGAAAGACCUGUUUGGUGCCGAGCCGUUUGAUCCGUUCACCUGCGGGUCGGCUGACUUUCCUCCAGAUAUCCAGUCCAAGCUGGACGAGAUGCAGCGUCAGAGAUGGAGGGGUUCAAAAUGGGACUAACCUUAGAGGGCACCGUCUUCUCUCUGGACCCGCUAGACAGCCGCUGCUGAUGCCAAGAAGAUGCUCUUUGUCGCAUACUUUUAACUCGUUUGUAUGAAGAAGUGCCAAAAUCCACUCCGAGGUUGAAUCAAGAUGUCACAGUUUUCAUCCUGAGGUUUAUAUGCAUUUGCAUUUAGAUUGUUGUUGUUGUUGUUUUUGUUUUGUUUUAUAUUUCAAAGGCAAACGUCAGAUCCACUAUAGAAAUGAACUAUUUUUGUAAAAACAAAAUGAAGUACUUUUGCUUGCACAGGCGAUGAGAGAUGUAAAUAGUCGAAUAUAUCCAACGGUACACUUUGUGGCAGAAUUUUCAUAUGACACAGUUUGUGUGUCUGCACCAUUUGAAGUCUGUAUUGUUAUCACAUUCCUGUUUGUAUGCCGAACACAAGCCGGCGAAGAUAAUAAAUGGAAUCUGUAUCAUUAACACAAACAUCACAUAGCUUAUUUUACUCAACAUUAGUAGACACAUGAUGUCGUUAAUUAAUCCAAUCUAUUGACUUUGAGUUUUUUUGUUUUGUUUUUUGCAUUUGACAAGUUUAGGUUGCCAUCUCAGUAUUUCUUGUCAUGUUUUUACUCGACCAUCAUUUUAGUCUCCUCUUCUCUUGCACCAGAAGGCACUUUUUUGGACUGCCUCUGUCCACAUACAGUACUACAUUAUUUUCCUUGUGGUUGCAUUGACUUUGCUGUUACAGAUAUUAAAGAACAUUUUCCUGCAAAAAAUA